AUGUGUAACGCCAAUUAUAAUUUUUUGCUGGUCGAUAUUGGGGCUCCGGGAAGAUGCAGCGAUGGAGGGGUUUUCAGAAGUAGUAAUAUUGGCAAAACAAUAAACUUACCUGAACCUAUAGAUAUUGAUGGUGUGAAUGGACCAAUACCAUACUUUAUGGUAGGAGAUGAGGCAUUUCUACUUACCGAAUACUUGAUGAGGCCAUAUCCUGGUCGUGGAAGAUCAACUAUGCCAAAAGAUGAAGACAUUUUCAACUAUAGGUUAAGCAGAGCACGACGAACUAUUGAAAAUGCUUUUGGCAUACUAGCAUCAAGAUUUAGGAUUUUCAGAAAGCCAAUAAUAGCUUCAGAAAAAACAAUAAUAAAUAUAACAAAAGCAACAAUUGUUUUACACAACUUUAUAAAAAAGUUAGAAACAGACACAGAUAUAAGCAUGUACAACCAAACCAUAUCAUGCAGUGCAAGCAACAUGCAAACAGAUGAACUACAAGGGUUAGUCCCAAUAAACCGUGCAGGUUCAAAUCAUUAUAGUUCAAAUGCCAAAGAAAUAAGGGACAAAUUAAAAAUAUAUGUUAAUCAUGCAGGAGCUUUAGAGUACCAACAGAGACAGUUAUAA